GAUAAAAAUGGACCGUUAGAGAACAAAAGCUGAAGCAGCCAAUGAGCAAACGGCUUGUUUCGGUGUCUGGUGGGGCGUUACAAAUAUCCAGGAAAUUAUUAUUCCUUCGUUUAUUUCUCACAUUUCUUAUUCAAGCUGGGGGUACGCGGUCCCUUGUAAACGUGUCCCGCAACUCUUAGGAGGGAUUCCUUGUAGACCUGCAGACACAUUAAUGACGAAAAAGCCUAGCACUAUGCUCCGUCCCAGACGUGGCAGGCAGGCCAGUGCCAGUGGUGACGGUGUACCUCCAUCCAACAUCCCAACAAACUCUGAAACGUUACAGGAGUCAGCCCCACAAAUGAGACAUCUGAUCAUGUCACAGCAUAGUAACAACCUCCUCAAUUUCUUGAAUGAGGACCGGAGCCGGCAGAAGUUCUGCGAUGUGUUUGUGUCUGUAGGUGGGAAGACCUACAGUGCUCACAAGGUGGUUUUGGCCCAUGGGAGCAGCUAUUUCCAUGCUGAGCUGUCCAAGAAUCCUUCUGCUAAAACUCAUGUGACUCUGGAGCACGUGGAGGACUCUGUUUUCCAGCACCUGCUCAGCUUCUUGUACACCGCUGAGUGUGUUGUUGCAGAGACAGCACUCCCAGCUCUAACUGAAGCGGCCCGAUUCCUGGACAUGAUGGAUAUAUUAAAGCUGUUAUGUAAAGACGGUGAAGUACAACCUGUAAGUGUAAUACAAACCCAGGUUGAGACAAUAGCUUCUCAUAAAGUGGAAACUACCUCCAAUAACUCGCCAGGAGCUGAUACAGAGAUCAACAGUCCAGCUGAUGUUCAAGGAAACCUGUUCGGUCAUGAUAACUCCAAUCAGGGUCAAUUGGCUGAGAGUGUACACACUGAUGUACAUCAGGAGGCCUCAAAUGAGGAAGAAAAGACGACAGGUCAGGGAAGUGCUACCACACGGAGAUCAGCUCGUAGGAGGAGAACACCUACUAAGUAUAAAAGAAAUGAUGGUGAGUACAGUAGCAGUGCUCCCAAGGAAAAACAAAGCACUGCAUCAUCAAGGCAGCACAACAAAAACAGACUGGAAGGAAAAGGGGAAGUGAAUGUGACAGCCAAGCUGGAUGUGAAUAAGGCAUCUAAACCAGUUCAGGGUGACGAUGUAAUGGAUAUGGAAGAGGAGGAGGAAGAGAGAGGAGACGCAAAUGCCGCUAUUAUUGCUGAGACAGCUGAUGAGGCAGAGAGCCGUGCAGAUCUGCAGAAUUCAGAUCUACAGAGGACAGAGCAGCAGGCUGCUGACAGGGUGGAGAUGCAUGUUGGAGCAGCAGCAGGAAGCUCUAACCAGAGUCCAGUGUAUCCUGAAGGUCUGGCUCCAGUCAUCAUACAGAACUCCAGCAAGAAGAUCCUCAAGUGCCCCAAAUGUGAAAAGACGUUUGACCGUGCAGGGAAAUAUGAGAGCCACACUCGAGUGCACACAGGCGAGAAACCUUUCCAGUGUGACAUCUGUCUGCAGCGUUACUCCACCAAGUCUAACCUGACUGUACACAAGAAGAAGCACGCCAGCGACGUCCCGUUCCAGAAAAAGGAGCACAAAUGUCCCUUCUGCAACAAACUCCAUGCCAGCAAGAAAACCCUGGCCAAGCACGUCAGGAGGUUUCAUCCAGACCACAUCCAAGAGUUUCUUACCAAAAGGAAGAGGAAGAGUGAAAGCUGGAAAUGUGCUAUCUGUUUCAAGACCUUCACUCGCAAACCUCAUCUGGAGGAGCACAUGAUCCUGCACAGCCAAGACCGGCCUUUUAAAUGCUCCUUCUGUGAUGAAUACUUUAAAUCCAGGUUUGCCAGGCUGAAACACCAAGAGAAGUUCCACUUAGGUCCUUUCCCCUGUGAGAUCUGUGGUCGUCAGUUUAAUGACACCGGCAACAGGAAGAGGCACAUCGAGUGCACACAUGGAGGCAAAAGAAAGUGGACCUGCUUGGUUUGUGGGAAAUCAGUAAGAGAAAGGACAACCCUAAAGGAGCACUUGAGGAUCCACAGUGGAGAGAAACCUCACCUCUGUAGUAUUUGUGGCCAAAGUUUCCGUCACGGCAGCUCCUACAGGCUUCACCUCAGAGUCCACCAUGAUGACAAGCGAUAUGAGUGUGAUGUUUGUGGGAAAACCUUCAUACGCCACGAUCACCUGACCAAACAUCAGAAAAUACACUCUGGUGAGAAAGCACACCAGUGUGAGGAGUGUGGCAAGUGCUUCAGACGCCAUGAUCACCUGACAGUCCACUACAGAAGUGUUCAUCUGGGAGAGAAAGUCUGGCAGAAGUAUAAAACUGCUGUGCAUCAGUGUGAGGUCUGCAAGAAAGAAUUUAAAGGAAAGUCAAGUCUAGAAAUGCACUUCAGGACUCAUUCAGGUGAGAAACCGCACAGAUGUCCCGAGUGCCAUCAGACAUUUCGGAUCAAGAAGACUUUGACGAAGCACAUGGUGAUUCACUCAGACGUCCGUCCCUUUAACUGUCCCCACUGCAGCGCCACUUUUAAAAGAAAAGACAAGCUCAAGUACCACGUCGACCACGUGCACAGCACGCGCUUUGCCGAGCAGCCCCUCAGCUCGAUCGGUGAAGAAAAAAUAGUGUCGGUUACUUUUGAGGAAAGCUCAAAGACGUACCAUGCCGAGCCCAAGUCGAGCCACCAAACCAGCCCCGCUCCUACAAACGUGUGCGUUCCCGUCACUUUAGUUCCCAUCCAGAUGGCUGGAGGAGCGCAGGGCGACUUGACCAUUCACAGGCCUCCACCUCACUCCUCACAGACUCACACAGUCAUUAGCUUGCAGACUCAAGGACAGCAGCAAAACUCUGGCUACCAGGCUACGGACAUGGCCUUCUUAGAGAAGUACACCCUCACACCUCAACCGGGCAACAUCGUCCACCCCGUGAGGUCGGAUCAGAUGCUGGACCACCGAGAGCAGUCCUACCUGGGAACGCUGCUUGGACUCGAUUCAUCUUCCUCUGUGCAGAACUUGGCCACCUCUGAUCAUGCCCACUGACGCUCCUUGGCAAAAAACUGGAGCUUAAAGGCAAAGCGCAACAAACUUGGCACAGAAAUCAUGUAGGGAGAACCAAAGACGUAGUCACCUCUGCAGUGUGUUUGUAUUUUAACAUGGCGGUGACUCGCAGUCAGACUCACGUGCCAUCUAAACUUAGGACAAAAAAAAUAAAUCCAACCAGAUUUUGAUGGAUUUGUGUGACAUGUUUAAGAUUAAAAACCUGUAAAUUGAAUUUAAACUUAAAAAAAGACAUUCUGGUAAUAAUGAAACAUUUUUAAACAUUACUUUAGCAAGUCCAAGUCUAGGCAGGAUUUUUUGCUGUCACUGAAGUGUUUACCGUUUCAUAUCAGAGUUUUUAUUAGCACGGUCACUGUCAUUUUUAACGGAUUCAUUUUAAAAUGAAUGAUGAGAUUUUUGAUAGACAAAUCAUGUAAUUAUUUUUAGUACAAACAGUUUGCCGGUUCUAACUUCUAAUAAUUAAUGCUGGUUCACCAAAUACAUAAUAAACUUCUAAUAAAAAUAAUAAUCGCUGGUGGUUAGAGGAAUUCUAAACUGUGACUGCAGUAUACAUGUGUGCAAUUUGUCAAAAACAAGCACAAUGAUUUCUUUUUAAAAACUUGAUGUAGUUUUAUGAUUUAGAGUAAUGUAGGUGAAAGGGAGAGCUUUCAGCCACUUGUGAGCUUGAACAGCUGUAGGUGUGAAUAACCUUUGUUGUUUAGCUUUAGUUACACAUCUGGUUUUAAGUUGAGAUGUUUCAUGAACAAAUUUCAAGCUUGUUAAAUAAAGUAAAACAAGUGUACAAUGAAUAACAUAUAAUGACUCUUUAUUUGAGGGCAAUAAUUAGGCAUACACUGCAUUUCUUUUACAGAUGAAGACUCACCAACAGACAAGUCUUUUUAAAGAUAAGUUUUCAGUUAAUAUCUCUUUGGAAAUCACCUGGUUGGUGCAAAUAUACCCCUGACCUCCUUCAGUUCCUCGGAUGUCCGUAAACAUCUGGGAACCUGAGGAGACCAGCAGCUGGAACCUCUGGGAGAUUUGUCUGAUAUAAGAUUCUAGCUGUGUUGCGUCUUUGUCUUUGGUUUUGUCUCAAAUAUUUCCCUUCAGUUAAACUGCAGGCAAAUUCAGCACCCAGACUCCUGCACUACAAAGUGAUGCUGUAAAGAUGGUGCAGGAUGCAGUUUAGUGUUGUCCUGUUGAAAUAUGCAAGGCCUUCCUUGCAUAUUUAAAAAGCGCUAUACAAAUACAGGCCAUUUACCAUUUACCUUCCCAGAAAAAGACCUAUUCUGGGUGGGAGCAUAAACCGCACUAAAACCUGUACAUAUGCAAUGUUUUUGUGUUUUCAAUGCUGUACAGUCAUGUGAAAAAAAGAGUCUUCAGAGCACUAUGUGGUUCUGUGAAGUACAUCUAUCAAAGCAGAGGUUUUGGCUUUUUGCAGGUCUAGAGCAUUCAGGUGUGUGUUAACAGGAAGGCAACAGCGUGGUUUUUAUAACAUUACCGUAGGUGAAUGUUGAAAAAGAUUCACUGCA